AGCGCCCCGGCGGCCCGCGGCGCCCGCUGGUUGUCAGGGUAACUGCGCCUGUGCCUCCGAAGAAAUUCUGUCCAGGGUUUGUACCCGAUUUACGGCGCGGUUGGCUGUGCCAUUCAACAGUGCGAGGGCCGGGAGUCGGCCCGGCCAUCGACUGGCUUUGUGGCCUCGGCCUUUGUGACCUGCAGGUUCUCAUCUCAACGGGGGACCAUGAUAAUAGCCGCUUCUUCAUAGUGUCUGGCGAGGACUGAGUUAAAAUGUGAUGACUGGACGUAGUAAGUGCUCGCAAAGUGCUCGCAUCACCGUUCCUCUUGAAAACGGUGGGAAAGCAGGAGAGAGAAAUGCCGGCUACUGGUUUGGUCUUCAGGGCGAGAGGCGGGACCCCGAGGAGCUAGGAAGCCGCCCCCACCUGGCGUCCACCCCAACCUGGGCUCGCGGGACGCGGCGGGGCGCGCAGCGGCGGACUCCUGGCCUUUGGGGACAAGGUCACGAGCGGGCGACAGAGGAGCUAGGACAUGGCUCGGUGGGCUCGGCCUGCUCUUUCCGCCUUCAGGCCCUGGGGCCCGGCAGGGUGGAGGAAUCUCUAUACUGAAGUCAGAGAUGUCCUGGGGGAGGGUCAUCAAGGACCUUCUCCUGGAAGAAUGGACAUGGUGGCCACCAGUCUUUGGGGUGUGAAAAAGGCGCCUGGUGCAGUGGGGCUGGCAGUCCUGAACUCUGGCAUUACAGGUGGAAGAAGACCCGUAUCUUUUUCUGCUAGUGCCUCAAGCAUCUUUGGAAGAGGAGGCAACAGUAAGAAGGAGAAGCUUUUUCUGCAGGAUAUAGCAGAGCUGAUCCAAGCCAGAGCCUGCCGGAGGGUGGUGGUCAUGGUGGGGGCCGGCAUCAGCACGCCUAGCGGCAUUCCGGACUUCAGGUCUCCCAGGAGUGGCCUCUACAGCAGCCUGCAGCAGUACGACCUCCCCUACCCUGAGGCCAUUUUUGAGCUCACUUUCUUCUCUCACAACCCCAAGCCCUUUUUCACUUUGGCCAAGGAGCUGUACCUCAGGAGCUACAGGCCCAACGUCAUACACUACUUCCUCCGACUGCUUCACGACAAGGGGCUGCUUCUGCGGCUCUACACACAGAACAUCGACGGGCUCGAGAGAGUAUCUGGCAUCCCUGCCUCAAAGCUGGUGGAAGCUCAUGGAUCCUUUGCCUCUGCCACGUGCACUGUCUGCCGAAGGCCCUCUCCAGGGAAGGACAUUUGGGCCGACGUGGCAGUGGACAGGAUCCCCCGCUGCCCAGUCUGCACUGGCGUUGUGAAGCCUGACAUCGUCUUCUUUGGGGAGGCACUUCCCCAGAGAUUCCUGAUGCACGUGGUUGAUUUCCCCAUGGCAGAUCUGCUGCUCAUCCUCGGGACCUCCCUGGAGGCCUAAAAAGUCCUUCCCUACCUUUACUUGUGAAACCUAAAUUUUCCUCAAGAACUGUUUUGUGUACAUUUGAAAUUUUUUCAGCGAAAGCAGGAAUUGAGUAUUUUCCUACCAGAUAAUGAGCCAGUCUCAGUACCAUUUAUUAAUCUAUUUCUUAUAUUAUUACUCCUGAAUGGAAAUUCCACUUGGGAGCUGGAUGAAGAAGCCCCAAGGCACCGAGUUAGGACUCCCUGGAGGUCUGGAUGGUGGAGCCUGUGGAGAGGUGGGGCCUCCACCCCUGUGGGCAGCCCAGGAGCCCUCUGUGCACCCAGGCCCUUUCUCCCAGGGAGCGAGAGCAGACAGGCGAGAUGCUGCUGGGCGGGGAGACCUGCAGAAGCCAAGACGUGCAGGAAGCAGGAAGAUGUGGACCAGAGGGAGGCUCAGGAAGGGAGGAACCCAGGCAUUGAGACCGAGCAGACCGCAUGACUGGAAGAAAUGAAAGAGCGGUGUGUUUUCCCUGUAUCCAAGGCCUCACCAUCAGUCUGAGCUGCCCUCUCAAAGUCUCAGGCUGUGGCAUGAAGUGUCCUGAGGGGCUUGGAGGGUGGGCACUGUGCUCCUCACAUCUGGGCAAUUUUUCAGGUAGAACCUUUUGCCAGCUUGUCUGAAGCCGUGCAGAGCUCAGUGCCCCGACUGCUCAUCAACCGGGACUUGGUGGGGCCCUUUGCUUGGCGUCCUCGCAACAGGGAUGUGGUCCAGCUGGGGGAUGUGGUUCACGGCGUGGA